GCCGUGCUCGGUGCGGCCCCUGCGGCUCAGUGUCUGGCAUUGCUGAGGGUGGGAAACUCUCACCAUUGCUUUCCACCCUGUCUCUCAGUCAGCUGUGCCCACCUGCCCCAGGGAUGGAGUCCCUCCCUGAAGCAGUCCUGGUCCGGAUCCUGGCCUCCAUUCCUGCCGUGGAGCUGGUGCUGGUGUGCCGCCUGGUCUGCUGCCAGUGGAAGAACCUGGUUGAUGGAGCUGCACUGUGGAUCCUGAAGUGUCAGCAGGAAGGCCUCGCCAGCGCAGAGUCAGAUGUAGAGAACUGGCAAAGCUUCUACUUCCUGAGUAAGAAAAGGAGGAAUCUCAUCAAGAACCCAUGUGGUGAAGAAGGCUUGGAGCACUGGGGAGAGGUAGAGAAUGGAGGUGAUGGCUGGAAAAUUGAAGAGCUCCCAGGGGACUUUGGAAAAGAAUUUCCUAGUGAAGAAGUCCAUAAAUACUUUGUGACAUCUUUUGAGUGGUGUCGAAAGGCUCAGGUCAUUGACCUUAGGGCUGAGGGCUACUGGGAAGAGCUGAUGGAUACAACCCAGCCUAAAAUCAUGGUAAGAGACUGGUAUGCAGGACGUAGUGAUGCUGGUUGUCUCUAUGAGCUGUGUGUGAAGCUGCUCUCUGAGAAUGAGGAUGUGCUGGCUGAGUACAAAAGUGACACUGUCACCAUCCCAGAGGGAAAUGAUGGCAGCUGGACUGAGAUCUCUCACGCCUUCUCCAGCUACGGCCCCGGGGUGCGCUUUGUGCGCUUUGAGCACGGCGGGCAGGACACGCUGUUCUGGCAGGGCUGGUACGGCGCCCGUGUCACCGGCAGCAGUGUGACACUGGAGCCAUAGCUCUGCUCAGCCAGGACCUGCAUGCUGCAGUUGGCUUCCCUCAGGGCAUCCAUCCCCCAGCCUCUGGAUGGUUUCUGCACGGUGCUGCUGCUGGCUGUAGAGCAUUUGGCCUUCCUGCAUAGGAACGUGUGUGCAAGGUGCCAGGAGCCACUGCCUGUCCUUCCUCAGGAGGACUGUGCAAAGAAUGUGAAUGAAUUUGGGAGUGCACCUCACCACUUGCACUGGGGUUCUCUGUCAGAUAGAAGAUCACCUAAAAAUCCUGCAGAGCUCCUCUGUUAGUCUCUAAUCCCUAGCACCCAGCCUGAGUCAGCUGUCUCUCCUGCUCACUUCCCUGACUUGGGCACUCAUUAACUUGAAGGGAUUCCUUAAGUAUAUUUUCUGGAAGUUAGAGUGGGAAGAAAAAAAUAAAGAAAACCACAGACCCUGUGUCUCAAAACAUGCCAGGGAAACCCAGAGCCCUGUUCCCAACUGUUUCCAUGACCUGCAGUGAGAACAUUGCCUUCUUCCAUUUAUAAAAAGAUAGCAUUGUUUACCACAGAGGGGCUGCAGCAGACAGGGCAGGAUGACCCAGGAGUUCUUUCUGAUAAAAAAAAAAAGCAGCAAAUAUAAAGUGAAAUCAGUAGAAUGAAUACGUAUGAACCUAUUGUGAAAUUGCAUGCAUAUGUAUUUGAGAGGGAGAUAAAAAAGGAUCUGGAGUUCCCAGAGGUACACAUGUCAUUUAAGGGAAACGAUCCCCACACGUGUCCAGUGCUGUAAUAAACACACCGGCUUUA